AUGGACGAGGCGAAGGGCGCGACGGCGACGGCGCGAGGAUCGGCGACGAGGGCGGCGUCGGCGCGCGAGACGGCGGUGCGAACGCCGAUGAUUCGCGAGGCGCGGCGGCGGGCGACGACGAGGACGAGGACGCGCGAGGGGGGGGAGGGCGGGCGCGGGGCGCGCGAGGACGGUUUGAAAUUCAAAGUCGGCGGCGACGACGAGACGCGGUCGACGAGAGGGGCGAGCGCGAGCGCGUCGGGGGGGGCGCGCGAGGCGGUGGUGGUUGGAAUGCGAUUAGACGCGCUGUUUGACGCCGCCGCGGAUCGGGAGACGAGGGAUUCGGAAGCGGCGACGAGGGCGGACGAUUUGACGGCGUUCGCGGCGGCGAUGACGCCGCGGGCGCGCGAGAGAGCGCCGCGGCGCGCGCUGGCGGUGUACGAGAAGACAUUCGUGUGUGGGAUAGGAGGGUGUGAGAAGAGUUACGGGAGCGCUUCGAGUUUGUGCGCGCAUAAACGAGCGAGACAUCCGGGUUGGCGCGAAGCGGCGACCGCGACGAAGGCGACGACGAUCAAGAAGGAAGACGACGAAGACGUGAUCGACGGCGCCGGAGACGCCGGAGACGCGGUCGAUGAUGAUGGUAACGUCUUCGACGACGCGUCGAUGCGCCUGGCGCGCAAACGCGGGGCGAGCGGUUUGAACGACGCGAACCGCGCGUCGGCGCUCGGCGCCUACUUUGAAAUCGUCGCCGCGGAUGCGCACGGACGUUUGAGUUCGGCGAAUCGAACCAAACGGCGUCUCGUUCGUCUUUCUAAAGACGCGGGCGCGUGCGCGAACGACCCGAGCGAGCCCGCGGAACGGCGCGCCGCCGCCGCCGCCGCCGCGCGCGUCUUCGCGACGGUGGAAGAGUCCGUCGACGGCGAGCAAGAGCGCGCCAGCGCUUGGUUACACACCCUCGACGACGCCUCGAGGGCGGUUUCGAAAACUCAAACCUCGUCGUCGAUCAUCGACGCACGAGCGCUCGACCCGGACGCGCGUUCGCACGCGCCGGAGCUCGUCCGCGCGUGCGUUCGGCACCGCAUCGCUCGCGUCUUACGCCGAGCCUUCGUCCAAGCCGCGUCGCCGGCGUGA